AUGGUCCUGCCUUUGCUCAAAAUGGUGAUCACCGAAACUACUAUCUUAAGCAAGUUGAUAAAAAUAAUGUGCAUUCUAUGGAGGAAAUUCAUUUUCUACAAAAGGGAUCUGAGGCUGUACAUCUCAGCACAAGAAUCUCUUGAACAUUCACUAUCUGCUCAAAGGACUCCAGAUACCUCCUUGUCACCCCAAGUGCCCCCAGGAUCUUGUCUGAACCAAGAGGCAUUAAGACUUUCAUCCUCUGGGACUCUAGAAACUUUACCAUCUGAUCCAAGAUCUCUGGUACUUUUGAAAUCUCAUGAGGGUGCACUGGGCCUUUCAGUAUCUGACCAAGGGAUUCUGGGAACAUCACCACCUCUCCAAGAAACUGUGGAACUGUGUAAAUCAGCCCAAGGGCCACUAGAACCUAUGCCAUCUAUCCAGGAGACUGUGGGAACUUCUUUUUCAAUAGAAUUUCUGGGACUGUCCAUUUGUACACAGGGAGACUUUAUUCCUAUCACUCUUCAUGAAGACUGCUUGGGACAUUCCCCUUAUUUCAAAAUAAGCCCUAGACUUUCUAAUUCUACCAAAGGAAUAUUUCUAUUUCCUGAAGGGGAUAUCAGAUAUUCUCUUUCAGAACUCAAUGGCUUAAAAUCUAUUCAUUUUGCCAAAAGUAGGCUCACCUCUUCCAAGUAUGUCAAAAGGGACUCAAAUUCUACCUCUACUCCUCAAAGGAGUUUCUCACCAACAUCAUCAGAAUUGAGUCUCAGAUCCAGUACCCCUCCUAAAGAAGAUCUCAGAUGUUCACCCUCUCCAUCUCUACUAGGUAGCUCCAGACAUUCUAAGUUGAAGAAGAAAACAAGAUCAAAACAUGCCCCUCUAGACCAAACAUGCCUUGAAUCUGUACCAUCAGAUGAAGGCUCCAAAGUUUGCCAUUGUUCCAAAAAGGGGAAAAGAGCUUUAAUAUCUGACAAUAGGAAUGCAAGGCUUAAAACUGAGCCCAAUGGGAGCCUCUCCACUUCUGCUUCUGCCAAGAGAGUUUGCAGAUCCUCACGAUCUUAUACAGAGUGCUUCAGAAGUCCUCCAUCUCCUCAAGGUAUCCCAAGAUGGUCCAAAUCUACUAAAACCAAACUGAAAAAGGCCUCCUCAGACCAAGCAGACUUUCAAGAUUCCCAUUCCGAAUGUGAGGGCUAA